UCUUCUUCACCAGGAGCACACCUUCCGCUUUCAGCCGGACAGCCCUCUGCCCGCCCCCCGGCGCUGUCUCCAGGAGUCACCCCUCUGGGCCCCCCAGGUCCCUCAUCAGGGUUUGUCCCUCAGACGUGGGCCUCAGAACUAACUGCGUCCAAAGCUGGGUGGCCCUGCCCUUCCGCCUAGAGCCCCGGUCUCGGUGUGGCCCCCGCUUCCAAGGGGAAGCAGGGGGAAAUGGGCACUCAGCACUGCAGAGCAUGGGCACGGUCACCCCCAGCCCCAGGUGCUGACCCUCACGUCUCCCCGCAGAGCGAAGGCCGAGGACCCCGGCAGCAGCUGCCCUGCCCCCCCCGAUGCCCUGGGCAUGGCUGCCGAGACCCUGCAGCAGAGCGGCCAGAUGGCAGAGGAGACCCCCGGCUUCCUGGAGGCGCUCCUCUGUGACUUCCCAGCCCCGCUGAGCCCGGAGAGCCCCUUGCCGUGGAAGGUCCCAGGGCCCGUGCUGAGCCGCGAGGAGGCGGAGGGCGAGCUGGCCGAGCUGGCAUUGGGCUUCCUGAACAGCCGGAGCGCGCCGCCAUCGCUCGCCGCCUGCCUGGCCCACGAGGCGGUUUCCCAGCUGCUGCAGUCAGACCUCUCUGAGUUCAGGAAGCUGCCGGAGCAGGAGGAGGAAGACAGGGACGGAGCGGAGGAGAAGGCUCCUGUGACACUGCUGGACGCCGCGGGCCUGGCGCGGAGCCUCUUCGACCGCCUCUGGCAGGCGUGUGGCCAGUGGCAGCAGCAGGUGCCGGCGGCGGCCCAGGCGCCGCAGCGGCAGUGGCUGGUCUCUGCACACGCCAUCCGCAACGCCCGCCGCAGGAUGGAGGACCGGCACGUGUGCCUCCCCGCCUUCAACCUGCUCUUCGGCCUGGAGGACUCGGUGGACCGUGCCUACUUCGCCGUGUUCGACGGGCACGGAGGAGCAGACGCUGCGAGGUACGCGUCGGUGCAGGUGCACGCGGUCGCCGCCCACCGGCCGGAGCUGGCCACGGACCCCGCGGAGGCCCUCCGCGCGGCCUUCCGCCACACCGACGAGAUGUUCCUCUGGAAAGCCCGGCGAGAGCGGCUGCAGAGUGGCACCACGGGCGUGUGUGCGCUCAUCGCGGGCAACACCCUGCACGUGGCCUGGCUCGGGGACUCCCAGGUUCUGCUGGUGCAGCAGGGGCAGGCGGUGAAGCUGAUGGAGCCACACAGACCUGAGCGGCAGGACGAGAAGGACCGCAUCGAGGCCCUGGGCGGUUUCGUGUCGCACAUGGACUGCUGGAGGGUCAACGGGACCCUGGCCGUGUCCAGAGCCAUCGGGGACGUCUUCCAGAAGCCCUACGUGUCUGGGGAGGCGGACGCGGCCUCACGGGAGCUCACGGGCUCCGAGGACUACCUGCUGCUGGCCUGUGACGGCUUCUUCGACGUGGUCCCCCACCAGGAGGUGGCCGGCCUUGUGCGCAGCCACCUGGCGGGGCCUGGGGGCAGCGGGCUGCACGUGGCCGAGGCGCUGGUGGCCGCUGCCCGCGAGCGCGGCUCACACGACAACAUCACGGUCGUGGUGGUCUUCCUGCGGGACCCCCGGGACCUGCUGGAGCCGGAGCCUGAUGCGCCAUGGAGAAGCUAGGAGGCGCGGACCCCCGCCCCCCGCCCCGUGAUCCUCCCCCACAGAUGCCUUAGGACCCGGCAGGAGGUGGGCAGGUGAUGCCCCCCACGGCUCGCCCUC